AGAAGAGAGGACAGCGACAGGCCUACAGGGCAUGGGCUCUCUCUUCAUCAAGCGCUUUGCAGAGGCCCUUGAGACGCGACAUCUAAGUCCGGCAUUACUUACUCGCGCGAGAGAUGCUCUUGCUGGCCAAUCUGCAGAAGACGAAGAGCUGUGUCUGCAUCUGCGCGCAUAUGAGCCGCUACUUGAUCAAUGCUUAGCGUGUCUCGAAGGCGAGCUGGAUAUUGAAGCGACCAUUCUACUAGACAUCCUCUUCUUUGCCUUGUACAGCCAAGUCCCGACCACGUCAGCGUUUGUGGCACGUUUCAUCAAGUUGAUGCACUCGACGACGUACCUCUCUACAGCGCACUAUCGACAUGCAAAGCCAGCGUAUAUUGCGCAAUGCACCUCUCAAGCACUACUCAUUUUUCUCGAAAUCAUUGCGUCUGCGCGGAACGUCAAGCUGGACGCAUCGACCCUCGACUCGCGCUUCUUUCUCGCAUCACCCAAGCUGCUCGCUGAGAUUCACAAGACAGUGCUGGAUAUGUCCACAAAACGGAUAGGACUGACAGUCAGUAUGGCUUGGGGCAUGUAUCUCCACCACUAUUUGCAACGCAUCGAAGAUGGCGAACAGCAUGACCCAACCUAUCAAUCAGCCCUCGACACGCUCUUUGCCAGCGACAGCUCAGACUCCUAUCGGUACCUCAUUGAGCUGUCAGUCGAAGCGAACGUCUAUGAAAAUGUCGUUGAAAUCUGUGAAGCCCUGCCAACGAGCCGGUAUGACGAAAAGUAUCGUGUCGUCUUGCUCGAUUUCUUCCAUGCAACAGUGCCUUAUAUCCAACUAUCCAGUGCGAGUGCUUCUCUAUUUGGGCUGCUUGUCAAAUCGCGCGCGCUUGCUCAGAUUGCAUGGCAAGAAGCAUCCACGAUGCGCAUGCUUGAUGCAGCACGACAGCAUUUCCCUUAUGACCACAAGCCUCUCCUUCAAAUACUAAAAGCGCUCUCAAUGAGUGGUAGCAAGACCAUUGCUUAUUUGGAACGCUUCAAUACAUUUACACAGACGCUGCCGACAGGAUUCCAGGGAUACACGACAACAGGCGAGGAUGGCCCACAAACUGUCAUUCAGCUGACUGAACCCCUUGUCUUGUUUGCGCCACGGACACGACAUGGCAAAAUUUUACUGGAACUAGGUACCCGUGGUCUCCUCAUCUCCUCAGGUGCGAAAAUCAUUGUUCUCUGGCAAUACGAGUAUAGUUGUCUCUUCUUCCUGGCACGCAUUCUGCACGCUGCAGCGAAAAAUAGAACAGUCUUGCAGCACCGUGAUCUCAUCAUGGAUGUUCUCGUCGUCUUUUCCCACAUUGUUGCGAGUUGUGACGAUGCAGAGGCAUUCCUGCAGACUAUUGCUGAGGAGACUCAAGAGGAUUUAGAACAGACUGUUUAUGAAAUCUUUGAGCAAGCGCUCAUCUCAAAGACUGACACGGCACUCACUACCGAGUGUGCUCACUUCUUCGGUGCCGUGUUUCCAGUCUUACCUGAAAGUGUCUGGGCAUUUGUAGGCAAAUUGCCAUUAUUUGGCAAGGAUGGUCAAUCUGGACUUCUUAUGGAUAUGGUCACUUCUGCUGAAUAUGCACACGGCGAUUAUACCAUGCUACGAGCCAUGCUCAAAUUGUUCAAUACAAGCAUUACCUGUCUCGUUCAGCACGCACUGACGAGUGAUAGUCGCCUGCAAGAAGCCAAGCAGCAGUUUCUUCUGGGUGCAGUGAAAAUGGCUUCGCAUGUCUUUCAGUCAUAUCUCAGCUGGCCGCACGCUGACGCAACGAGACAGCAUGAUCUGGGUACCGACACUGCGAAGCUGUUCAGUCGUAUCUUGCAGCUGACGUACGGCACACAUCUACGGCUAGCUGGGCGGCUUACAGGGUUUGUUGCGACGCUUGAGCCAGCAGCCACUAUGAUUUUACAGACUUAUUGCACCAAAGCUUCGCGUGGAGCGCUCUCCAAUCUCGAGGAAGCGCUACAGGCAGAAACACCAGAGGACUUCAAUUCUGCUGUGCUGAAUAUGGCUGGCAUAUUGCUACAAACAGCGCCUGACGAUAAUCCCUCAGCGUUACACAAAUCAUUAUAUGCGAGACUGCCACAACUCGCACGGCUGCUCUCGACGGGUCGACAAGACGCCAUUCUCAGACUUCUCACAGCAUUGAUUGAUCGCGCUUGGCAUGCGCAAACGCCGUCUAUCCUUGCCCAUCUCGGGUCGGAAAAGCAACUUCUUCGCAGUGCGCUGUGGGCCAUGCUGGAAGAUGAGAGUAGAAUGACUGAAGCUUCUUCACAGCUUUUAUGGGGUUUCUUGGUACGCUUCAUGCAACCUGAACAAGAAGGUGUUGCAUUGUACUUGUUGACGGACGACAAGGACCAGCCGAAAGAUCGGUCAUUGCUGCGUCCUAUUCAGAAACACAUUGAGACUGUUCGAGAGGAGACUUGGUCGCCGAAAUUGACGAGUGGCGUGCUAGCCGUGCUCGCUGCUGCGCAGACCUGGCCAAGUAUUGUCUUUAAUCAGCUCAAGGGAGAGACGCAAUUCUGGACAUCCCUUCAAGCGUUACUGAAGUUGGCCAAUGCAGAUGCAAGUAAUCAGUCCGAUGAAGUCGUCACCGUGCGCAAUGCCUAUCGCUUACAAUGUGCUGGCUACAUUGCACAAAUCCUAGCAGCGCAUCUCAAUGCCAUGGAAUCUGAGAAACGCAUUUCGACGACUUUGCAAUUGCUGGAGCUCAUUGAUGCGCUCCCUCGAUCUGUCUUCAUGGUUGAUCACUAUCGUGCGUCGCUGCAUGGCAAUCUCGGUCGCAACAUUUCACAAAAGUAUCCAGAUUUCAAAUUACAAGCCUUAUCAAAGGCGACUUGGCGGCGUCAAACAUAUGGCGAGAGCUUCUUGUAUGACUUGUCUCUUGCUGAGCCCAUAAUCAAGACGAAUGCAUUCGUGCGAGAGGUGCGCAUUGCCAAUUUCAACUUGUCGCUGUUGGAGGCGCAACUCCAGCGUACGCAUGGUCUGCAUCUACUCUUGUCAGCGACCAUCGAGCCACGCAUUUUUGAUGAUCGGCAUUUCAAGCUUGCUUUUGCCGUCUCACAAACGCUGCUCCAGGUACGUGAGUCUUUUGACAUGCCCAUGCUACAUGGUCUGCAAGUCGAGCGAUGCGUCACAGCCGGUCUCAUCAUCAAGGCACUCGCAGCGAGCAAGAUGCAAGGCGACUGGCUUCAGUUGCUCAAUGAUGCAGCACCGCUUGCAGGUAAUCUUGUACCGUCUGGCACACAGCAACUUAAUGCGAUGCAACUGGCGCAAGCAAGACCCAUCCUGCAGUCUUGUUGCGAGCUCGUCACGCUACUCGCCGGUGCACCUGACCAAUCUGCACAACCUGCGCAGCUGCACCGCGUGCUACAUUCCGUUUUCCAGACUUCCGUCGGUGUCUUUGCACCUGCUGUGUUGAUGCAUCCUGCGUUGGAAGAUUUGUCUCUCGUUGCUGCUUUAUGCGCUGCCAUGGCGAUCUUGCUAGAACGAUACGAAUUGAGCCGUGUACCGUUUGCGCAAGAAUUGGUUCGUUCUGAGGUCUUGUCGCGCGCCAUCCAUGUCUUUGCAGCAACAGAUCCAGAGGAUGACGUUUCCUUACAAUUGGCGUGUGGAACGCUCAGUAUUCUUGAACAAAUCCUAGAAGUCUGUCCCGCAGCUGCAGAACUCGUCUUGGCGGCAGGUUUGCUACCUGCACUACUCGAUGCACGCGUGAGUAUGACCAUUCGUGCAGGUGAUGUUCGGUUUGGCUCACAAGCACGCUUACAUCGUCUUUGGAGUCAUCAUAUCUUGCCGUUGUCUCUCAGUUUGGUGCGUGAGCUGGGUGUACGGAUGCGUUCAGACUUGUCGACGUUGGUGGAAGCGUACUCGCCACAAUUGGAAAGUUGUCUGGGGUUAUGGCAGGAGACACACACGAAGCAGCAAUUGGAUGCAGAGACGUGUGAUGAGUUGCUGUUGAGCGUCUUAUUGAUUGAGGCGUUGAAUCGCAUGAUGGUGACGCCGAAUGGUGCGUUUGCAGAGUCCAAGACGAAGUUGGUUGCGCGGCUCGAAUACCUCACGAGUCAUCCCAAGACGACAGCAGCAAUGGUACGGCCGAAUACCGAAGAGGCGCAAGAGCAGGUGGCUGGGCGGGUCAAGGAGAUGAAGCAGUUGAUUGAGGCGUUAUAGACUUGGUUUCGUGAUCAAUGCUUCGUGGUAUAUGCUAUGCAGAAUGUAGCUAUGACUAGCCCCAAUCCAUGCGUC